CAAGUCAUAAAUUGAAAGACACUGAGAGACGCACAAAUACUCAGAUAUGAAAAUGGCCAUCCUUUCCUUUUCAAUCUCCCAAAAUGCUUUCUCUCUGCGACAUUCACGUCACCGUUUAAAGGCUCUCAAUCUUCAGCCUCCGAUCCGAAUCAAUUGCUCCGCCUCUAGGGAUGGUGACAAACUUGAGGAAAGUUCAGCUAGUUUGAAGGAACUAAGGAAUGUCACUUGUGGCAUUCUUGCUGUUUGGGCAGUGGCUACUGCCUCACCUGUAAUUGCUGCUAAUCAGAGGCUCCCUCCUCUAUCAACAGAGCCCAACCGAUGUGAGCGUGCAUUUGUUGGUAACACAAUAGGUCAAGCAAAUGGUGUUUAUGACAAGCCAAUUGAUCUCCGCUUCUGCGAUUACACAAAUGAUAAAUCCAACCUCAAGGGAAAGUCUCUUGCAGCAGCACUUAUGUCAGAGGCCAAGUUUGAUGGUGCAGACAUGACGGAAGUGGUAAUGUCAAAGGCUUAUGCUGUUGGAGCUAGCUUCAAGGGUGUAGACUUCUCAAAUGCAGUUUUGGAUCGCGUUAAUUUUGCGAAAGCCGACCUCAAAGGAGCUGUGUUUAGGAAUACAGUACUGUCAGGUUCCACCUUUAAUGAAGCUCAAUUGGAAGAUGCUGUGUUUGAGGACACCAUCAUAGGCUACAUUGAUCUUCAGAAGCUUUGUACAAACACUACUAUCAGUGAAGAAGGAAGAGCUGAACUCGGAUGCCGGUAACCUCUUUCAUCGUAAUUAUCCACACUGUUGUAUCUUCUAAUGACAAAGGAGGUAGGGUGCUAUUUUAUUGCAAUUAUUUUCUCAAGUGUUAUAGAAAAAUAGUGAAAUGACUAUGGUGAAGGAAAAUUGAGAUUGGUGAUGGGUCUUUACUGUUUUUUGUAUUAUAUUUUUGUAUUGUUAAAUUCGUUUCGACUUUACCCAACUAUUAGAGGAAGGUUUUCACUAA